AUGGAGACGAAUUCUUCAGGUUGGCUUUAUGAUUAUGGCUUUGAUAUCUGUGUUGCCGCUGCUGACUUCAUGGCUGCUGACUCUGGUGGUUUCAGCUGGGUGCCUCAGACUCAGAGUCACACCUUCAAGGGUCUUUCCAAUAUGAGCUUGGAAAUGGAAUACUCACUGGAUUCAACCGUCCUUGAAAAUGGCCCUUCAAAGCGGUUAAGGUCUGAAUCAUAUGCAUCUGGCUCCAAGGCAUGCCGUGAGAAAGUGCGAAGGGAUAAACUGAAUGAGAGGUUUGUGGAACUGAGUUCCAUCUUGGAGCCUGGUAGGCUGCCCAAAACAGACAAAGUUGCAAUACUAAGCGACUCGGUUAGAGUGGUAACCCAAUUAAGAAAUGAAGCCCAGAGACUGAAAGAAAUGAAUGAUGAAUUAAAGGCAAAAAUCAAAGAAUUGAAGGCUGAAAAGAAUGAGCUUCGUGACGAGAAGAAUAGGCUGAAGGUAGAAAAAGAAAAUUUGGAGCAGCAGGUCAAAUUGACUAAUGCACAGCCAAACUUUCUCCCUCAAGCCCCAGCUGCUAAAGGACAAGUAGCUAGCCACAAGAUGAUACCUUUCAUUGGUUACCCUGGAAUUGCCAUGUGGCAAUUUAUGUCCCCUGCGGCAGUUGAUACAUCAAAGGAUCAUCUGCUUCGACCUCCAGUUGCAUAAAGUGGUCAGCAUCCACUUUCUUUGUUAUAUAUUUGUACAAGUUAUCCAUCAUGUCUGUUGUGUGUUUUCUAUAGUCACGGGUGGAAAGUGUGCUGGGAAACUCGUUAAUAAGAUAAAUUUGUCCUG